AUGUCUGGUCCAUUCGCAUCCGAGGUUACGAGUCCUCUGACCACACACAUUGACCUUAAUGCGUUUAAGAAGAUUUACGACAAAAUAAACAGUGACCCUCACGGUCCAGAAGUUGCUCUAAGACUUCUGGCUCACAAAAUUCAGUCCCCGCAAGAAAAAGAAGCUUUAAGUGCUCUUACGAUUCUCGAUCUUUGUGUUCAAAAUUGUGGUCCAGCUUUUCACAAAGAGCUUGGGAAAUUCAGGUUUCUCAAUGAGCUAAUGAAAGUUCUGCUGCCAAAGCACCUUGGUGACCUCACUCCCCCCGUAGUGCGCGACAAGUGUAUAAUGCUGAUGUUUGCAUGGCAACGGGACUUGGGAGACACUUAUCCGAAACUGCGCGAAGCCUACCAGGCGCUGAAAACACAAAAUAUUAUCUCUGUGGAUCCUGUUGUUCCAAACGAGGCUGAGUGUGAUCAACAAUACAAUCAACGAAUAGCCAGUAGGGCUGAUAUCUUUAAAAGCAGUCGCUACAAAGAUAAGCUAGCUCGCUUGCUUAAAAGCAAAAACCCAGAGGAUCUUCGUGAGGCUAACGCUAUCAUCAAGAGCAUUGUUAAUGAGGAGGACGCUCGCAUUGCGAAGCAAUCCCGACGCGCGCUGCAAUUGGAGACCCUUCGAAACAACGCCAAUCUGCUGGAGGAGAUGCUUCGAUGCUUUGGACCCAACGGAGAAUCUUCUGCCUCCGAUAUCGAUAUCAUGGAGGAAAUUGCUCUAAACAUCAAGCAGACACGUCCAGCCGUCUUCGAGCUGGCUCUAACCGACGACGACAGGGAGGAGGGUUUCUUAACUGACGUUAUUGAGACUUGCAGCCGUGCCUCUAGCGCAUUGGAGCGCUACGAAGUCGUGGUUUUGCACAAACCUCCAUCCACCGUGGACGAUCCAGCUAUUAUAGCCGCUCAACGCGAACCUCCACAGCAACCUUCAACGGCGUCUGAAACAUCUUCUACGAUGUCAGAAAACCUGCUAAUACUUUCUAAUGACACGCCUCAGAAUUUGUUGAGUCAGGACCUUUUGAACCUUGGAAUCCACGAUGCCCCACCGCAUCUGCCGACACAGCAGACUCAGUCUUCUUCGGCUAUGAACCUUCUUGACGGCCUCCUUUGUGGCUCACCCAAUGCUCCGGUGGACCCUCCAGCACCCAAUCCAUUCAACUUAUCAAAUACAACAGAUGCACUAUCACCACCGCCGUCACAGCUCCUGCUAUCAACUCCAAUACAGUCUACCGACUCGUCACCCCCAAAGUUGGCCACCAAUAUCACUGGAAUUUCUUCGAAAUCCACGCCGAAAACUUCAAUGACCGCCGUGUUCAGUGAAUUGGAUAGUAUGGGACGGCAGAUGCUCGGUCUAACUACCACCUCAUCAGGCACUGAUGCAGCUGUAACCAAGGAAACGAAGUCUUUGGACCAGCCUCAACCGUCGAUAAUGAUGAAAACCAACAUUACAGAUCUUCCAUCACUCUCCUCCCUUCCAGCACUAACCUUCUCUGCUAUCUCUCCGCAUUUUCAACACACUCAACCCAUCAAAGUUUAUCCACUCAACAGCAGCAACGGUGGGGAAGAGGAAACGUCGAAACAGCAGCACCAGAUGGUGGAAGUGGUGCUUCACUGCACCGCCAACAAGCCCCACCCCUCUGUGUCGGUUUUCGUGGCAGUGGUUACGAACCGCAGUGCUCUGCCGCUCACAAAUCUUCUUCUCCGAUUUGGGGUUGAGAAGCCUCUGAAAGUUCGUCAGCUUCCUCUCGCCACAUCCAGUCUGCCGGCCUUCUGCUCCUUCCUUCCCCCAAGCCCGGCGCAACAGAUUAUCUACAUCCAACGACCACCAGCCCUUGAAGUGAAGUGCGCCAAGUUGAAAUUCCAGUUGUCCUUCACACUAGAAGAAGAGGAUGUCCUCGAGUCGGGCGUUGUGUCGGUGCCUCUGGAUUAG